AUGCUGAAAGUGACCAGCCGGCUGCUGAGCCUGAGAAGCCCGAUAUGUGUCACCCCGAGCCGGGGUACGGUGAUUGUAGAGCGUUGGUACAAUGUCCCCCUGGCUAAGAAGGGGAGGAGCCAUACCUGCACCCGCGACGUCACCGGAUCUACCGCAUGGUGGAGGACACGAAGCACCGGGAGAAGGAGAAGAUGGAGCUGAUCCUGACCCGGUCCAUACAAAAGCUCGGCAGUCGCGGUGACACGGUGCUGGUGGACAAAGCGCUGGGCCGGAAUAAACUUCUGCCGCAGGGAUUCGCCGUUUACCCCUCCCCCGAGAACAAGAAGAUGUUUGAAAGCGAUAAGAUGACGAAAACGUCAGUGACGGCCAUCGAACCCCAGCAGUCCUGGAGCGGUGAGAAGACUGUAAACCUCCUGAAGCAUUCCCGUCUGGAGGUGAGAAUGAGAGAGGAAUCGGGAUGGACGCUGACCAAAGAGAUCGUAGCGCGCCAAUUCCUGAGAAACAUGGAUGUGGUGGUCCCCUUGGAGGUUCUGAAGAUCCCAGAGGAACCAAUUACCACCCUUGGAGAGUAUUGGUGCGAAGUCACGGUGAACGGAAUAGACACGGUCCGGGUCCCGGUGGACGUGGUGAUGUUCGAUGGACCUCGCAGCAGACGCUACCGGAGUUGGUUGUCCAGACAAGCAGCCGCGGGAUGUCCUGCCACCAAGCCGCCAGCAGAGGGCAGAAAACACGCCAGAAUCCACAGCCAG